UUACUAGUCGACCCGAACGGCCUUGAGGUGCCGGACUACGCGCUGGAGGCCCACGCGGCAUUAAGGCAGUCCUACGUGGAUGCUGGCCUAGCAGAAGCCAACGUCGUCCCGUUGCUCAAGAGCACCUGGACACGAGCCAACGAUGCAGAUAAGUUGCGCUGGCAGGUGCAGACCGAGGCAGCGGAACGGGUCGCGAGAGAACAAGCAGCGGCCGAAGAAGAGGCAGCCAAUCAGGUCAGGGCACAAGAUAGGCUGGAUGAGGAGCAAGCAAGGAGGGACGAGAGAAAGAAGUACAAGGACAAGUUCUCGUCGGUGUCCACGCAGCCGCCUCCGGAGGAUGAGUCAAUCCUGCCGGCGAAGUACGCGCUCCGCAAGUUGGAGAAAGGAAGCUACGUCGAGCUAUACUACUUCACUAAUGAAGGGCUCGAUACAGCGGACGCAUCAGCCAAUCAGUUCGAUGAAGACGCGCUCGUGGUGCACAGGGGAGAUGAUGGGGUUCCUUCUUGGGCCCCUGCGGGGAGUGCUAGAGGCACGAAGAACGUGACGGCCGACCAAGACCUCACCUUAGAACAGUUUCGGCAAGCCACUCCUCGCCUGCUCGGAGCGAUG